AUGUCGUUCGUACAGAUCGAUCAUUUGUUGGAUCACGUUUCGAUUCUUGUAAGUCGUGUGGAACGAGUGGGAAAUGAUAGACGCUGCACGAGCAAAGAACGUGAGUGGUUAUUGACAGAGAUACGUAAUACAGUGAGAUCGGCGGACUGGGAUUUAGAUGAUUUAGAGCAUACGUUGUGUUUGAUCGAGAGAGAUCCGUCGAGUUACGGCAUUACUGCGUCUGUUAUUGAGCAUAGACGCGAGUUCAUUCAUCAGUCGAGACAGUUCAUUGAUCUGAUCAGAAAACAACUGCAUUCGAGUGGUGACACGCGCUUCACGAAUCCGAUUGCCAAUAUGGCAUCUUCGUCAGCAACGAAUUCAGGAUAUCGGUAUACCAGACUGUCCGAUUCACCGACCUCAUCAGAUCGGUUCGUUGCAGACACCUUACAAAAACAACAGUUAAUAAUAAAAGAUCAAGAUGAAGAUUUGGAAAAGGUUGGUGAUUCAGUGCAUAUGCUGAAGCAUAUGAGUCACAGAAUUGGCGAUGAAUUGGAAGAACAAGCUGUAAUGUUGGAUGAACUGGGUGUUGACAUGGAUCGUGCAGGUACUAAACUCGAUGGAGUUAUGAAGAAAAUAGCUAAAAUCACGAACAUGGACGACGGUUAG